AUGAAUCUUUCCCCAGACCUAGCCGCACCCAGCUCUCUGCGGCUUCUGCUCGAAACUCGCCUCCGCGACCGCGAAGCCGCAAACGACCAGCGCUACGCCGACAACGUCCUGGACACGACAGAGGAGUAUCUGAGACAAUGCGCGCACUUUGAGCAACUCGGCAGCGACAACCCAGUCGCCAUUGCCGCACUCGCAAAGCUGAAGCUCGCACACGUCGAGACGCUCGCCUUGCUAGGGCAGACUCACGCUGCUGAAAUUAAGUCGAUCGCCCGGCUUCGCGAGACACUGCUGCCACAAGAAUGCCCGCGCAAUUAA